UGAAACUCACAUGUCUGCACAACAAGGGCUUUUCUAAGGGUUUGGUUCCUGCUCAUUGAGUCUCUUCUUACUUUGGAACCCAAAUGGGGUUCUGGGGGUUGUAAAUUUCGUAGACACCAUUUUGGGUGGUGUUGUGGUUUCCAGAGACAACUCCCAAAAUUCUCACUUGGUCGUGUUUUGACAUUGGAGAUGUUGGAUGUCAUAUUGAGAAGCUUGAGUUACCCACCCCAGACAUUAUUAGGUUGUGUAACUACUCCUAGACACUUAUGCAAAGCAAGGUCAUCUUCAGUUAUUUUGAAUGCAGAUGAAAGUGGGAAAUUUUCUCAGAAGCUUCAUGGCUCAAACCUUGCUUCAGGAAGGGGUGAAUCUGUUACUCCUUUUAUCAGUCAGAGGAGUAGUGUUGGUAUAAUUGGAGGGGUAUCUGUUAAUGCCACCCUCAAAUUUUUAAGAAAACUUGUGGUGUUGAGUUCAGAAGAUGGAGGAAAUUCCAUUCCUUUUGUACUUUGUUCGGAUCCUUUGUUAAAUAAAGAGCUUCUGUCCUAUGAAAGGGGUUACUUUGUUUCUAACACAAGUAAAGCGGAAAGUUUGAAACUGGAUUUAUCUCCAAUUGUGCAGAGUCUUAUAAAUAAGAGGGUUUUUCUUGAGAAUUCUGGGGCUCGUUGCAUAGUGAUGCCUUGUAACGUGUCACAUUCUUGGUAUGAACAAGUAUCCAAGGGAUGUUCUGUUCCUUUUCUUCAUAUGGCCGAGUGUGUAGCCAAGGAGCUCAAGGAAGCCAAGUUAAAGCCAAUUGAAGCUGGUAGUCCUUUGAGGAUUGGAGUGCUCGCAACAAAUGCAACUCUAGCAGCUGGUUUUUAUGAGGAGAAGCUUCGGAAUGAAGGCUUUGAGGUUGUACUGCCUGAUAGAGCAACUAUGGAGCAUACAGUUAUACCUGCAACUGAAGCUUUGAACAGAAAGGACAUGGAAGGGGCAUGCAAUCUAUUGAGAAUUGCACUUCAAGUUCUUUUGGUCAGAGCAACUAAUUCUAUUAUCCUUGCUUCUGAUGAUAUGCGUGAUCUCUUGCCCCAAGAUGAUCCUCUUCUCAAGAAAUGUAUUGAUCCAAUGGACGCCUUAGCCCGGUCAACUAUCAAAUGGGUAAGAUCCUCUGGAGAUAAUACAUGAACAAGAACAACAACAGAAAGGAACUGUUGUAUUUCAUUAUGUAUCAAUAUUCUUCUGAUCUCAUUGAUAUUGUGCAUCUCACUAAUGCAAACUUUUGUAUUCACCAAUAUUGUAAUCAAGCCAAAGAUGU